CCGGCGGACUCGAUGGCGAGGCGUUCUUCCCGACAGGAUGUUCUCCUGCUCAUGUUCGUGUGGUGAGAAGGAAGCAUCGCGGGAGCAAGAAGAGAAGAUGAACGAGGGCUUGGACCGGGAUAAGAGGGGAUCUGGUGAGAGGAAUGUGGUCCGGAUUAGGGCGGAGGAUCUGGGGAUGGUUAACGGCGGCUUCAGCCUGGCCGAUGAGGACCCCGUGACCCCGAUGAGCAGUGAGGCCCACUCAUCCAGCUCCGAAAUAACUUGGAAACAGAAACGACUCGAGGCUCCGUCUUGGCUCUCUGUGCAGCCUCAGGCUCAACUGACAACCACCCACACCACUGCAGAGGAAGAGGAGGAUCUUCUGCUGUGUGAUGAAGGCACAGAUAACACACCUGGUUCUGGAGUUCUCCUGAUGACACCUGAAAUCAACCUGAUCCCGCCCACGCCCUCUAAUGUUAAUGAUGGUAAUCAGUUCUUCUGCAAUAAUUCGGAGGAAAGCGUGACACAUGUGUGCGGUGAGGGACGCCCUGCUGCAGGUGACGGAGAGGAAAAAAUCAAAAAUGCUGAAGAGUCAUUGGCGGGACGCGUGCCGGCUGAAGUCCUUACGGCCGAGGCUGAGGGUGGACCUGAACAGGACGACGGUCAAAGUGGAGAGCUCACAGAACAGAACGAGUCAGAACCACUGGAAAAGUGGGAUAAAGACCAAUUUAAACCCAAGUUAUCAUGGAGCUCUCACCAGCUGGCUCCUGUUCGCGUUGGUAAAAAGAAAAGAAGAUUCAACUCUGGAAUACGCCUUUUGUCAUUCACUGAACACAACGUGGACGACCUCGACAACACAAACACAAGUUGCUGUGAGAUGCUGAAGGCUGAACUUCACCUGYUUCCUGAAGAAGCCACAAUGAACUCAUCCACUCACCAGAAACAACCGUUAAUGCGCUCCUGCAGCCUCGGAGACACAACCGCUCAACCCACCACUCCUCAGGCUCUGAUGCGGUCUGCAGAUCAGUGCAAGGAGAGGAAAAAGAUCUGUCGACAGCGACGUAUAACACUUGCAUCAUAUAUUCCCCAAUCCAUGGAUCAAAUAGGAAACAACACAGAGAAGGAUGUAAACAGGCAGGAGGCCAAAUCUCUCUGUGAGCUGAACACAGAAGGAGUCUGUCAGUGGUUUACCAGGAUCGGACUACAAAAAUGUCUGCCUUUCAUCAGAGAGGCUAAACUGUGUGGAGGUGACAUCGCCUCAGUGGAUGCAAACAUUUUGGACAUCCUCCAUGUUGUCACCGUGGAGGACAGGGAGCAGUUACUGUCAGCCAUUUAUAACGAGCUUCACCCUCCCAGCACCAUGACUCAGACACUCGACUCUUUGCUCGAGUCUAAUAGCGUGGAGACAUUUACUUCUACUUUGGCCUCCCUGACUCAGUCCAGGUCCUCGCCACACGUAAGCUGCUUGAGUAGGAAUCAACGUUCUUUCAAGCUCAGAAACGGCAGCCAGAACCAGGUGGUGUCUCGGAGUUCCCACAUGAUAGAGAUCACAGUUAACGCAUCAGAACGAAUCAUUCAUCUCAGAACUCCGAAGGAAAUAACUGUGGGAAAACUCAUGGAUAUGUGUAUUAAAAUGCUCGGAAUGCCCGACGAUCGGAGCUUUUACACAUUGAAAGAAAAGCAAGAUUCGCCAGAUGAUCUUUGUCCAGAUCAGCAGAUUGGGACGUUACUAACGUCAGAAAACAAACAACUGGAGCUCCACAUGUGUAAAACGGAGAAACGAAUGAGUUCUGCUUCGCAAAAUAGUCCCAAAACCUCCAGUGAGAAAAGUAACAUGGAUGGAAAUGUCCUGGAGAACCAACCAGCCAAAGAAGACAGAAUCAGGGAACUAAACCAACAGGUGGACUCGCUACAAAACGUCGUCCUGCGGAUUCAGGAGCUCCACCACGGCCUGGUAGCUUUCUGCUCGGAGCUGAAGAACAUGGACAUGGACGUGCACCGGCUCGGUUCUGCUGAGCUGAAACAGAAACUGGAGACGGUCAACGGCCAACUGAAGGAGAAGAGGCAGAACCUGCAGAUUCUCAGGGACACUUCCACACCUCACAAGAACAAGCAGCUGGAGGUCCAACUCUUGGAAAAGAUGACUAAAAACUGCCAGGUGUUCCAGGAGGAAAUCACCAUCGUGCAUCUCAAUCGUCAGGCGGCUCAUCUCCAAAACGCCUUGCAGGAAAUCAGCUCGAAGGAAAACGCAGAAAAACCGACUUUAGCUGCCGGCAGCCUGAGCCAGCUUGUGUCACCGGAGUCUCCCGCCAUGCUGAUGGUCGUCCAGGAGAACCAGAACCCCGACGGCCAGUUUGGUUUUACGUGUCGCUGCAGAGAAGGGGGUGGUCUGGUGGUGGUCCAGGUGGACAACUCCCACCUCCGUGUGGACGACAGAUUGGUGGAGGUGAACGGCGUGUCCGUGGUUAACGCUUCACUCCAGCAGCUCAACGAUGUGCUGCUGCACGCUCCGUGCGCUCACAUCGUUGUCCUCCGCCGACCCCCGCCCACUCCGGACUCCUCCUCCUCCUCCUCGCUGCUGCAGCCCAGGACCAGCUCCGGUCCUGCACCAACACCCUGUCUUGGAGAGGAUGCAGUCGCCAUGGAAACACUUCCAGAAUGCAAAGUGAUGGCCAUCUAAUAAAGUGACUUGUGAAGAUAAAUAUCUUAUAUUUUUCUUCCAUUAAAUCUGACGUCUUUGUAGAGCAACACUUAAUCAGUUCWGAUGUUUUAAAAGUGGGAUUUAGUGCAAAGAUUCUGAACAUUAAUAACAUUAAUUCUGACUGAAACAUGAUGCUAAAGGCUGGUCCAAAUCAGCUCCAAACCAAAACUUUUAUUGCAUUUCAUGAAAAYGUUAUUUUCUAAGCCUUUAAAUUACAGUCAGACGUUACAGAGUUAUUCCGGCAGAAAUGGUGAAAUAUUUCUGCAGGAAGCAGCUCAGGUUGCACCGGAACAACAAGCUGCCGUUUAAAAGAACCACACAACAGUUUGUACAAUUAAAUGUGUGUUGUGCAACUGAGAGUGACAUUUAACGUAAAGGUAUUUGAGACUGGAGCCAUUUUUAUUCAAACUCAUCMGUCUGGUCKGAAUUAAACUCUCUUAAAACUGA